GGGCGGUAAAUUUGGCGGCGGUUCGGAUGAACUCGGGUUCGAUCGGAGAGCGCGCCGAGCCCAACGCGAGUCAACGAAACGUGAAUCAGUCGGGGUUCCGCAGCGUUCCGCAUUUGUUCCAGGGGUUGGAUUUAUUUUAAAAUUUCAUUGUUUUUGGCACUGUACAAAUAAUGGUAGUAUAUUAUUUUAUUAUUGGUUGUUUUUGACAAAAUAUCGACAAUUUGGUCGGCGCAUAGUCGCCGAGUGAAUGAAUAGUUGGUGGAUUAUAAGAGGCGCGCGGUAUGGCGGCCGCGUGCAUUGGCGAUCAGCUUAUGUCGAGCGAAUCGUCUUUGGCGUCGUUGGAGCUAACAAAAAAGUCGAUUAAUAACGGCCGGCCAAUAUGUUGGCAACAUAGAUUAUUCGGUAAGCAAUUGACUCGUUGCAAUCAGAUUAAUUCCCAGGACACGAAGCCAUGUGACGCGAGCGGUUCUUUAAUUGACGAGGACGGCAGUACCGCGUGCGAUGUUAUCGGUGUGUACUUCAGUUUCAUCAAUCCCGGUGCAACCUGCGACGAUUUCACGCGUCAGCUGGUUGAACUUUAUGCGAAUGUCAACGCGGUGCACGCGGGAACGGAUGCUAUUUCUCUUGCCAGCGGCGCGUCGACCGAGAACACGAACAAGGGAAGGGAAAGGAGAAAAAGGUUCGAGGUCGUACACGUGGUGCUUUGGAGUAAUGUGGCUGACGUUCUUGACUUCGAGGAAAGCUUUCGUAAUCACGUUGCGGAUUUACCCUGGUUGGCCGUACCUAAUCGGGAUUACGAGAGGAAAACUAGGCUUACGAGAAGGUAUCGGAUAAAGGCAGGAGUGCCCACGUUGAUUUUACUCGAGGGUUCGAAUGGUUCGGUCGUGACAAGGGGUGGUGUAGAACGAACUAUUGCCGAUCCUACUGGCGCCGAAUUCCCUUGGAAACCACCACAUCCAAAAGCUGCCCUGGAAGAUGGACCUUUGCUGCCUUGUGGUACUCGCGACAGCAACGAGCCAAUGUUACAUGAGGAACUUCGACAUUGUUUCAAGGGUGUUUACUUCAGUGCUCAUUGGUGUCCUCCUUGUAAAGCAUUUACACCACAACUCGUGGAUACUUACCAACGAAUCCGAGAAAGAGGACAUGAUUUUGAAGUCAUUUUCGUGAGCUCCGAUAGAAGCGAGGAAUCCUACAAUACUUACACAGAAACAAUGCCCUGGCUUAGGAUACCAUUUAGUCAGGAAGAAAGACGUCGAAAAUUGGCUCGAGCUUUAGAUGUUCAAGCAAUACCUACUUUGGUAAUUCUUGAUCCACGGGAUAAUAUUAUUACACUCGAUGGUAGAGCCGAGUUAUUGGAGGAUCCUGAAGGAUUGAAUUUUCCAUGGACCAGUCGAUUGGUUAAUAUUUUAACAGAAAAAUAUGCGACCUCGUUGCACGAUGCACCGGCGAUCAUACUCUUUGUUGAGGGAGAUGAUUGUGAAAUACAAUUCGCAGAAAGUGUAUUGUUACCUGCCGCUGAGGCUUACAGAAGAGAUCGUCCAGAUUAUGAUCCCAAUUAUGACGAUCCUGAUGGCAUAUUACAAUUUUAUAUAGCCUUAGAUUGCGAAACGUCGGAUAUUCUUCGUGAAUUUGUUGGUUUGGACGAUGCGGUACCUCUUCUGACAGCUAUUGAUAUACCACGAGGAGUUUAUGUGGUAAUGGAAGACGGUGCUGAAAUUACAGUGGAUUCUGUACAACAAUUCGUCGAUGGAUUUCGUAAUGACAAACUACCUAAAAAUGAGAUAGUGACGAUACACAAGACUCCCAAAAAUGAUAAUGUCACAGCCUGAACAAAACCGAUCUUCAAACUGAUUCCAAAAAAUGUGAAUGGUGUCAAAGUGUCUAAUUAACGAUGUGGUUACCAAAUCAAUCAAGCAAUAAGCAAGCUCGUAGCUUAAAUAAAAUAUCGAGUCUGAAUUCGAAGCUGGCACAAGUUCUAGUCACUCGUUUAUCAUCGCAUCAUCAAUUUCCAUUAAAACUUCACAUGCGAAAAUAAACAUAUAUACAUACAAACUUUAUCAAACGAUAAGUCAUCGAAUAUUCGCAUUUAAUAGACUCUUCUACCUAUUUGUGCCUAAAAAUGUAAAGAAUUUCAAUUUGUAUACUUGAACGUUAAAGAAAAAUAUUUUCUCUUAUCAAAAUUACACGCGACCAUUUAUGAGAUAGAAAAUAAAAACAACGAAUAUUCGUAUUCGUACAUAAUAUCACUCAACACUUACACCUGUAUCAUUUUUCUAACACCUCAUAUUAUGUGUAAAGAUUCUAACGAGAAUAUGCAUGCCUAUUUAAGAAGACAUAUAUAUUAAUAAUAUGAUAUAUUACAUAUAUGUCUUGUUAUAUGUUUUUAGUAUUUACUUGUGCCAGCUAUAUGAUAAUAAUUAUAAUAUUUCAAUGAUUAAAGUCGCAAUAUGUUGUAGAAAUAUAUCUUUUUUUUUUCUUUUCUUUUAUUUCGUUAUAAUUGAAUUUCUUUUUAUAUGUAUGUUAAAUUUUUAAAUUGAUUAAAUUUGUUUUUAUAUAUGAACGAGCACUCGAGUCUACGAACGUUCAAUUAUUAUAUAACCACGAUGAAAAUCGCCCCCUCUUCCCUUUUUCACUGUUUAUAUCCAUCUCUGUGAUACUGUAGCAGUAGCUCGUUUCAUAAGAAAAGAAGACCUUGCGUGAAAAUUGUGUUUGUAAUCACACACUUAUAAUUAUAUAUAGAAAUAACCAAAAGACUAUGUAUUGUAUCAUAGCCCCAAAAUAAAACAACAAGCGAAUUGUAUUUUUAAGUGCACACACGCACAAUGGAUACGUUAAUAUAUAACUAUAUGUAUUACUUAAUAAACGCCAAUUAGGCAACA